UCGAGCUUCUGUAGGCUCAUAGGACUCGGAUUCUUCACAUGUGAUCAGUGUCUUUCCAGUAACAGGGUAUAGGAGCCCAUCCAUACUUCCUAAGAGUUAUAAGAGGCUGAGGAGGGAGUGGCUCUCAAGGUGCAAUAAAGAGAGGAGAGCUCUCUUAGACUCUACUAAGUCCAAGAUGGGUAGGAAACCUUGUUGCUCUAAAGAAGAUCUCAACAGAGGAGCCUGGACAGCAGAGGAGGACAGGAUCCUUAAAGCCUACAUCAAAGCCAAUGGAGAAGGGAGAUGGGGAAGCCUCCCCAAGAAAGCAGGCCUCAAGCGGUGCGGAAAGAGCUGCCGGCUCCGAUGGCUGAACUACCUUAGGCCUGACAUCAAAAGAGGGAACAUAACAAGUGAAGAGGAGGAUCUUAUCAUUAGACUCCACAGCCUCUUAGGAAACAAGUGGUCGCUGAUCGCAGGGCGAUUGCCAGGGCGAACAGACAAUGAAAUCAAGAACUAUUGGAACACUUGUUUGAGGAAGAAGGUCCAAGGUCAGCACCAACCAAAAAGAUGUGAGCCAUCGGUCGAUGAGGCACCGGUGGUGGUUCGAACGAAGGCGAUUCGAUGUGCUGAGAUGUUCAUCCCACCCCAGCAGCGCAUUGCUCAAAACCAAGAGAAAAAUGUCACUAUGGAGCCGGCCAUGACUGGAGAAUUGGCUGCUGAGAAGGUACCAAACUCAAAAUCUGAUGAACACUCCUCUGUUGAUCCUCGAGAAGACACUUGGUGGGAUGUGUUGGUAGGGCUGGAUACAAGCAAUGCUUCCACAUCAGAAGCUCUGGACUUCGAUUUUUUGCAACUAUGGGGGAGUGAAUCACCAUGCAGCCACUAUACCAGAAGAGAAGACUGUAAGGGGAUGCUUGAAGAUUGGAUGAGUGAUGCAACACUACCCUUUGAAAUGGAGCUCACGUCACUGGCCAGUUUCCUUAACAGCGAAGAGGAAUGGCUUGGAGGAGAGCUUUAGGAUGAGAACCGAAUAAGGUUAAGGUUUGGAUGGAUAAGGAGCUGUACUCCAAGUGAAAACGCUGAUUCAUGCACAGCUCUCACUAUGUUGGGCUCUCUUGCAGCACCCAAAUAAGAUUCCCAUAAUUAAAUCUACUUAGAAAGUAGUGUCUCCUUUCAUGGUGUAUCCAUCACCUUUGUAUUAAUAAACGAGUAUAUUCCACGAAUUCUCCUUUGUUUGUGCAGCUUCAGCACCUCCCAUCUUUUGUAUUGAUGAUAUUAUGACUUUUGAAGAGAAAAAGAAUCAUGAAUUAUGAUU